AUGGAAAGUGACGUUAGGGUCGGGCUGGCUGUACUGCGGUGUCGACGGCGCAUCCUGGACGCGCAGCGGCUUGAAGUCUCUGCGGACCACCAACCCUCCCCCCCCCGCACAGCCCCGCACCCCCCGGACACGCGCACUCCUUUCCACAUCUCCUCGCCUCCGCUGCUGAUCGAAGGUAAAGCGAGAUGCGACGCGGCUCCGCGACCGCGAGGCGAGGACCCUGAGGCAGCGCCGCGACGCCGCUAUCGAUCCGGCGGGCGCGAUGGCGCUCUCGGAGUGAAUGCGGACAUCGCUAACAGACCGCAGCCUCGGCCUGCUAGGAGGACGCGAGCGGAGCGAGAGUGUGGAGCUGGGCGUGCGGCAUGUGAGACGAGCCGCUGA